AUGCAUCUCGGAGAGGGAUUCGAUGGAGAUGACAAUCAUGAUGACUUGAAUGUAGACAUCCUAGAUGAUCUCGAUGAUGACCUGGAAGAUUUUACCGAGACAUCUGAUACAUGGAUGAACUCGCCCGAGCUCAUUGUGAUCCCAUUGUCAUCAAACCUCGGGGUAGAUCGAUGCAGACACUUGAUGGCAGAGGAUCUCAUUCCACUGGAGAUCUCCCUUCACGAAGGGCAGGCAAAUGAUGCACUUCACAACCUCCACAUUCACUUGUGCAACAAGGCAGUCCUAUUCCGAACGAUGGUCAGGCAAAAGUACAAACCCCUGCUUCGCGAGCAGCUCAAAAUCAGCACUGCUGUGGGUGAUCCGAAUGCCUGUGGUCAAUGA